GGGCUGGGGGGUUUAGUGUCCCAGCAGCUGAUACCAUCCAUCCUAAAAAUAGAGUCAGCUAACCACACCGACAGGCUGAGCUUUCUCCAUUCCAUUCUGACUUCUCUGAGAGUUAAGAAGACCCCAUUAACUACUGAAAACAUUUAUACAGAAGAGCACGUCAACUACUGGACAUCACAUCAUGCCAAAGAUUGUUCGACCAGAGAACUGUCAGCCAGCCAGAACACUGUGGUAUGACCGGAAAAAAUACGUCACCAUCAACUUUCAGGUUCAAAAUCCAAAAGAUGUACAAGUAGAUGUCCAGGACACAAAAAUCAUCAUGAGUUGUAAAGAUGUGGAUGACAACAACAUUUACAACGAAAUUGAAUUUUAUGAUCGAGUCCUCAAGUCAGAUGCACGGGAGAAGGUUCUGGAUCGCACCAUUAAUAUGAUGAUAAGGAAAGGCAAAGACAAUGUGCCAUGGCCUAGAGUCCAGAAAGACCUUGCGAAGCCCGCGUGGCUGUUAGUUGACUUUGAUAACUGGAGAGAUUGGGAACACGAGGAGGAAGAUGGCAUGGCGGAGUAUGAGCAUUACGUUGAUAUGUUUAAUGACGUUAAGAAUAACAAGGGAGAACCUCCUGCCAUGGAUGACCUGGACGACCUCAGUGACUGAUUCGAGCAUCUUCAUCUCCCAAGAGGAACCUUCCCAGUUCAAUUAUCCAUGUCACGCUGCCCAACAAACACACGCUGGCUUUUAUCCUUCACACAAAAUAUAAAAUGUCAUGUUUAAUUUAGAUUGUCUUUCUUGCCAAACAAAUUCCUUUUUGCAUUGUGAGAAACAAAAUCUGAUUUGUAUUUAUUUCUUUUCAUGCUGUUCAAUGCAUACAUUGAUUGUUCAUUUAUUGUAUACUAUGCAUUUUUUCUACAUUAAAGGUUGUGAAGAUUGUCAUUGUUAUCUCAUAUGUUUAUAUGCAGAUUUAUCACAGCGGUAAAGUGUUUCAAAGACACAAUUAACAUGAAUUGCUUUCAUUGCAUUAGAUAACAAAACAUUAAACCCUCACUUCUUAAACCGA